AUGGAUGCAGCAUAUGCAUGGAUACUGCCACAGAGACAAACUCUCCGUUCGGCAAAUGUUUCUAUGCCCACAGCGAGUGGGUCGCUGCGUUACAAAGCGAAUGCUAUCAUUGAGUGCAAACGCCGAUCGGCGUGGGAGCAGGCUGUGAAGAUCUUGAAUGCUGCAAAGCAGGCCUUGGAGCCAGAUGUAGUGUGUGUCAACGCCGCCAUCUCCAGCUGCAGAGCUGUGCAAGGCGACGGCAGACACAGAAGCAAUCCCGACUGGAGAAUAGCUAUCGGUCUGCUGUCAACUGCCUUGCAGUGGAGCUUGAGGCCAUCAGCGGUAUCGUACAAAGCCGUGGCUGUGUCAAUCUCUUUGCAGUGGCGACGUGUACUUUGCGUCUACAAACUCCUGGAAACAUCGGCAGUUGAGGCAGAUGCCACAGCUUGUACCAUCUUGCUGACGGCCGCUGCGAGAUCACGUCGCUGGCUGCUUGCCGCUGUGACUUUCACCUCUUGGAAAUCAUGGCGAGGUGUUCGUCCGGAUUCAGCAAGCUACAAUGCCGUGCUGGCUGGAAACACCUGGCGGCGAGCUUUGUUGCAUGCGGGGAGGAUGUCCGCCGAUGGUAUCCGAACUGAUUCAGUUACGGUCGGGACCUGUCUCCGAGCUUUGGAGGAUGGCUUGUGCUGGCCGCAGGCUUCAUUGCUGCUGUGUUCAGCCGAGCGCGGGGGUGCGGCGAACUUCGUGUGUGCAUUGUCCGCCGUUUCCUGCCUUCAGGGUCUUCAGUGGAAGGCAUCGCUGCAAGUAUUUGAGCGGCUCUCAGGACACGUUGGUCGUGCGAGAGUGCUGCUGCAGAAUGCGUUGGCUGCAGCCUGCUCCAGUGGUGGGCAAUGGCCGGCUGCCUGUGAAGUCGUACGCAGCGGUCGGAGUCGCCUCGCCCCAGACCUGGUGUCAUAUGGUGCGAUCCUGGCAGGUUUGGAUGUUGCCGGGUUGUGGAACAUCGCCAUGAUGUUCAUGCAGUGUAUGCGGCACUCAGCCAUUGAAGCAGACCACGUCGCAGACAUGUCUUUAGUUGGUGCAAUUGGAUCGGGCGGAGGUGCCUGGAGGCUCGUCCUGCAGAGAUGGGCUUGCCAUGGAGGGACCUGGGCAAUGCCGGCAGUGAACUCCGCCAUCUGUAGCCUUGGUCGACUGUAUCACUGGCAUAGUGCGCAGUCCUUGCUGCAGUAUGUCGCCCGCAGGCGCUGCAUUCCGGAUCUGGUUACCUACAACACCUACAUUGAUGGUGCAGGAAUGGACAGGCGCUGGCAUUUGUCACAUGAGGUUUUCUCGGAACUAAAGAGUGGCUUCCUGGAAGCGGAUCAAGUUUCUUUUGGCGCAGCAAUGUCAGCCAUGGAUGUUGCUGUGAAGUGGCGAGAAGCUUUAGGUUAUGCAAUCCAUGCGAGCAUUGCAGGCGUCUUCCAAUCAGUGGUGCUGCUCAAUGCUUGCAUGAGCGCAUGCGUCUCUGCUGUUCUAUGGCGCGCAGCUUUAGCCGUCUCCCUCCAGCACGGAAAAGCGCAGGAGCGGCCCAACCUGGACUGCUUUGAGACGAUCCUUUUUGGCUGCAAGAAAGCUGCGGCUUGGUCGUCCACUUUGGCGUUGAUCAAUUCGCUGCAGUUGUCGCGAAUGGUGCCAGAUGCAACUGCACGAGCUUGCGGUGCAAGAGCAUGUGGAAGCAAAAGUGCUUGGCAAGCGAGUUCGGCAGCUUUCCCUCCGAGGAUGCAGCCAAGCAAGCCCUUGCAGAUCUCAGAGGCCUUCCCUCCCUUCAGAACUUCCGUCGAACAUACGAGUAUUCCUUUCUGGCCAGGGCAGGCCAAAGCCCAGAAAGUAUGGAGGUGCUGGGUGGCGAGCCCGUCAAAAUUGAAGUCAGCGUACGCAUCGUCGCCAGAAGCCAAAGUUGGUGGAAGCCCAACGCUUUCGCCAAUCACACCCGUCGAUUUGGAACUACCAGUGAAGCUUCGCCUUGACCAUUCCUUCUUGCAAAUGGCGCAGUAUGACGAAGAGGACGAGGAGUUGGAGGAGCCACGAGAGCAGUCUCCAACUCCGGCGGACAGCUUGCCGGAGCCACCACAGGACUGGAUUUUCAAUUUCACACCGGGUGCUGAAUGGUUUCCGGAUGUCUGGAACUCCCCGAUGACUGACUCUUGGGAGCCCUGGUUCUCACCCAAGAUGGACUCACCGUACGCAGAUGAGCAGUUUGAGAUUGCCCUUGCGGCGACUCCUCCGGACUACAUCAGCCAGGGCUCGGCCCUGCAUGGAACAGGUGCAUGCCGUCCAUGCGCAUGGUACUGGAAGCCUGGCAGCUGCCAAAACAAGGAGAACUGCAGCUAUUGCCAUCUGUGCCCGGAAGGCGAGUUGAAAGCAAGAAAGAAAGCAAAGGUUGCGAUGAUGCGCAUGGGCGUCAUAACUCCCAAGGCCAAAGAGCAGACAGGAGAAGUUCUGAAUUUGUCAUCAUUGGUGUGA